CUGAGCUUCCUCCCCAGGGGCGACCCGCUAGCCUGGGGCGCGGGGACUCGGCUUGCUUGGGCUCCGGGACUGACACUGUGACCUUGGGUCUUGGCCAUGAACUCCUCGGGAGGAAGGAGGCAGGAAGCAGGAGGCCCCAGGGGUAGAAGGGCUCACAGACCCCGGGAACAGGACCGAGAUGUGCAGCUGUCCAAGGCUCUGUCCUACGCCCUGCGCCAUGGGGCCCUGAAGCUGGGGCUUCCCAUGGGGACUGAUGGCUUCGUGCCCCUGGGCGCCCUCCUGCAGCUGCCCCAGUUCCGCGGCUUCUCGGCUGAAGACGUGCAGCGCGUGGUGGACACCAACGCGAAGCAGCGGUUCGCCCUGCGGCCGGGGGAUCGCAGCACCGGCCCUCUCAUCCGGGCCAAUCAGGGUCACUCCUUGCAGGUGCCUGAGUUGGAGCUGACACCCCUGGACACCCCGCAGGCCCUACCCCUAAGGCUCGUCCAUGGCACGUUCUGGCAGCACUGGCCGUCCAUCCUGCUCAAGGGCCUGUCCUGCCGGGGAAGGACGCACAUCCACCUGGCCCCCGGACUGCCUGGGGACCCUGGUGUCAUCAGCGGUAUUCGGCCAAACUGUGACGUGGCCGUGUUCAUCAAUGGGCCCCUGGCCCUGGCAGAUGGAAUCCCCUUCUUCCGCUCUACCAAUGGGGUGAUCCUGACUCCGGGGAAUGCUGAUGGCUUCCUGCCUCCCAAGUACUUCAAGGAGGCCCUGCAGCUGCGCCCCACUCGAAAGCCCCUCUCCUUGGCUGGUGAUGAAGAGACAGAGCGUCAGAGUGGCCCCAAGCACAGCUCUAGAGGAAGAAGGAUGAUCCAACAAUAAAAUA